AAUAUUACUAGCCGGAUAAUGGAUGUGGAAAUUGGUAUAACUACGCAAGUCUCAACUGCUCGAAGAACAAGUUUACCGGGACGUGAUUCUGGUUUGGGUACUCCGUCCAGUAAUGGUUAUCAAUUUACAAAGUUUGCUGAUAUUGCUCGCACUCUAAUGAUAAUUCGGAACUGGAUUAAGUCGUUGAAAGCAAAGACGAAAGCUUCACGAGAAAGUACCAAAAAUUCGGAAAAAACUUUGGAAAUAAGAUUGAAUCCAACAAAUAGUGAAGAAAGUGGUCGGAUUAUUGACAAAUUAAAGCACAAAUUAAAGGUAAUGAUAUUUUUUGUCGUGGAACCCACAUCAUCAUUACUGUAUUACUGGACAGCAAUUGUUUGCAUGGGAUGUUUUUACAAUUUGCUCAUGGUUGUAAUUUUUGUGUAUAAGGAAAUUUAUGCCAAUUAUUUCUACGAAUGGCUCACCUGCAAUAUAAUUUGUGAUAUUAUUUUUUUGAUCGAUAUAUUCGUGCAGUCACGAAUCAGUUAUAUCCAUGAUGGAGCUGUUUUUGAAUGUUUAAAAAUUCUUGCGAGGAGUUAUAAUUUUUGGUUGGAUAUUGGAAGUAUCUUUCCGUUUGAUUUUAUAUUAUUAUAUCGUGGUGAUAUUUCGUUGAUACGCUUAAAUCGCUUACUGAAAUCAUAUCGUUUCACUUAUUUUAUCGAUCGUACUGAGAUCCGUACCAGUUGGCCAAAUGCAUUCAAGAUAUUUGUUCUAAUAAUGACAUGUAUUGUACUGUUCCAUUGGAAUGCGGCUGCUUAUUUUCUAAUUAGUGUUAUUAGUGGUAUUCAAAGCGAAGAUCCUGACGUCUGGCAAUUUACUUACACGAAAAUCGCAGAUCCGGUUAUUCCGAAAUGUGACACGUUUUUGUUAAUUGGAGAAUUGACAGACUGCAGCUUCAAUGAGACGGAUAGGAAUGUAAACAAUCGUCUGGAAUAUAUUGAUGAGAUGAUGCAUUAUUGGGAAAGCAGGUCGGAAAUUUUGGCGUUCCCAAACUUUAGUAAGGAAUAUGCAUUAUCUAUGUACUGGUCAUCGCUAACACUAACAACCAAGGGACAGCAGCCUUAUCCAAUGAGUUCAUUAGAAGAUGCACUUGAACUCAUCGACACGCUGAUUGGUUUAUUGAUUUUCGCUGUCAUUGUUGGUUCUGUGGGAAGUGUCGUUUCAUCAAUGAAUAAGGAAAAAUCCGACUUUCAAGAAAUCCUGGAUGGUAUCAAAUUUUACAUGAAUUACAGGUAUUUUCCCAAUUCUGCAACACUAUUCAUUUGUUUAAAGACACUAAUGUUUAUUUCUCAGUCUUAUCUUUUACUCAGUAACAAAAUAUUUAGUUGUCUUACUCAUGCUUUUUUAAGAAAAGUGGAUCCAGAUAUUCAAAAACGAGUAUUAAAUUGUUGUGACUAUAUCCACGAUCAAGGAAUCUCAAAAGAUGAGAAGGCGCUUCUUGAAGGAUUGCCGAAGAAAUUGCAUGGUCAGCUGGCGUCACAUUUGCAUUUGACAACUUUGCAAAAUGUUGAGUUACUUCAGCAUUGUGAAAAAGGACUGCUGUUUGAGCUUAUUCUUCGACUGAAAUUUCAACUUUUCACCCCAAAUGACUACCUCUGUCGUCGUGGCGAACUAGCGCGGGAGAUGUACAUUGUGAAACGCGGACAACUAAAUUGCGUUAGUGAUGAUGGAAAGGUCAUCCUCAAAGUCCUUAAAGAAGGUGCUGUUUUUGGACAAUUGGCUAUAUUGAAUUUGUCCGGAAAUAGCGGUAAUAAGCAUACUGUCUCAGUUCGUUCUGUUGGUUAUACCGAUGUUUAUAUUCUUCGUCAAGAAGAUGUAAACGACGUCUUGCAAGAAUAUCCUCUAGCACGGCAAAAUAUGAUGGAAAAAGGUCACAAAACAAAAUUGAUGCUUCAAAGUAGCGGUCAGUGCAGUGAACGAAUGUCAACAGCAUUUGUUGGAGGCGCUGAUGAGACCACAUUAACAUUAGAAGAUGAAAUUGGUGGGAUAGAAAAGACAAUUGGCUAUCUUAGUGAAGAGAUUAGUGAGCUAUACGAAACGUUUGAUAAAAUGUCCAUGGAUUUCAAACAGCGCCUUACAUCUCUUGAGGAAGCGUACAAGAAAAAAUGUGAACGGCAAAAAAUGAAAAAACAGUUUGUUAAGAAGCACAAACAUUAA